AUGGUGGGGGAAAGAAGGCGCAGGGGGAGAGAAGACGGAGCCCUUACGUUGUUUUGGAUUUUUCUCGUUUUUUCCUUUAACCAGGUGUACGUGCACUGCGCGAAACAAACUGAUGCAAGCAAUAGCCCCUCUCAAUGGAACAUUCAGACGGAUUCUUUUAUGGUAACUGCUGCCGAUACGCAGACGGAUAUCCCCCGCUACCAACAUCCCUAUGCUGAUUAUUUCUCGGGUUCUGGAGUGGAGGCUUCUGCAGCAGCAACAUCAGCAGCAGCUGCACCAGCACCAGAACCAGCAGGCAGAAUAUCUCCUGGUGAUGCUGGGGGUGCUGCAAACCGCCAACAUCAGAAACCACCGCUCCCGCGAAGUCGGUUCAAGGUCGCAACAGCACUUCUGAUAGGUGUGCUGCUGCUGUCAGCUGCUGCUGUGCACCUCUCAGAAGCAAAUGAAUUUAGUGACAGAAUGCCGGAGGAUGAGGAUGAAGACGCACCAGACGAGGAAGCAGCAGAGGUAGCCGAAGCAAUUGCAGCAGCAGAAGCAGCAGAAGCAGCAGAAGCAGCAGAAGCAGUAGCAGCAGCAGAAGCAGCAGCAGCAGCAGAAGCUGCAGCAGCAGCAGAAGCUGCAGCAGCAGCAGAAGCUGCAGCAGCAGCAGAAGCAGCAGCAGCAGCAGAAGCAGCAGCAGCAGCAGCAGCAGCAGAAGCAGCAGCAGCAGCAGCAGCAGCAGCAGCAGCAAAAGCACCAGUAUCACCAGAAGCAGCAGCGGAAGCCAAGGCGAAGCUACUAGCAUUAGCUGUCCGUUUAUCUUCAGCAGAGGAGUUAGCUGCUGUAGUAGGGACAGAGGGAGCACAGAGUGCGCUGCGGCGGCUUCGUGAAUGCGUCUUUAUUGCUGCAACAGAGGGUGAUGCUCUUGAAGGUCGCCAUGCUGUACAGCUGGCUGAAGAGGCGUUUGAUGCUGUGCAUGCGCUGCAUGCAGCAGCAAUUUCAGAAGCAGCAGACUUACAAACAACAUUCGAACGAAUCCCUGAGGAAGACUUGCUGGAGAGGGGCGAGGAAAUUAUUGUAACAGAGACAGCAGCAAAACAUCAAGCCAAUGCAGAUGUAGACGCCUCUAUUAUUACUCUUCGUUCUAUGCAGGACAGUUUACACACCUUAUGCUCGCGAUUUCGUGCAGCGCAUGUACGGCUGCUGCAGCAUCCAGUGGUGGAAGAUGCAGCAGAUUUGGCGCUCUUUGGAGCAGCAGCAGCAGAUCUUCAAUGCAUGCGCAGCAGCAGCAUUUCUAGAGGAAGAACGGUUGUAGCAGCUGGAGCGGUUCAGAAGCAUCUUGUGUGUUCAUUUAAAGCCUUAGAGGUUUCUCCUAGACAAGCUUUUUCUGUAUUUACAGAGGGAGAUGUAGAUCUUGUUAGAGCAUAUGCAUCAUUCUUGCAAAAAGAAUUAGAAGUUGAGCAGCGGCAUCUGCUCUUACAGGCAGCAUUAACCUCAUUAGCAGCUCGAAGUUCUAAGGUCGCUCCCCCUGCAGCAGCAAACGGUGAAGCAACUUCAGCAGCAGCUGCAGCCCAACCUGCAGCAGCAACUUUAGGAGCAGCUUUAGCAGCAACUGCAGAAGCACCUGCAGGACAACCUGCAGCAGCAACUGCAGCAGCACCUGGUGGGGCAAGUGCAGCAGCAGAUACUGGAAUAAAUGGUGGAUUAAGCGCACCUGAAUCUGCUGCGAAGGCAGCAGCAGAUGCAGCAGCAGAUGCUGCUGCUUCUGUAGCAAAAGUAGAGAGAGUGUUAGAUCGCGCAGCUUCUGUAGCACAACAAUUAGACGAACACAGGUGGUAUCUAAACGCAAUGAAAGAUGGCUUUGAUGUAGCUGAAGUGCAGCAAGCAGCAGCAGAAGCAACAGCUAUCGAAGCAAUAACAGAGCAGCAGAUUGGUACCUGUUGGGAGGAGCUUCUAUCUUUAAAGAUUCCGAGAGAAGAUUUAGAUUAUGCAGGUAAACGCAUUGUUAGAAAAGUCUGUGAGAGGACAUCAGAAAGGGUAGAUCCUAUGAAGAGAGAAGUGCGAGAAAUGCUGGUGCUUGUAAAACAGAUGGCUUCGUUGCGUUCAGCAGCAGCGAAGCAGAGGACUCCAGCAGCAGCAGCAAGAGGAGCAGGAACAUAUAUUAGCAGCAGAUUAGGAGAUGAAUUGCUGGAGGCGGUGAUGCUAAGGCUGGGAGACGCAGAAAGUUUUCUAGGUAGAGUAAGUGUAGAGUUAGAGAGAGCAGAAGUAGCAACUACGCGCACAGCAGCGUUUAAUUCUCUUCAAGCAGCUUCAACAGAUGCAGGAAAGGCUGUAUUGGCGUGGAAGUAUGUUGUUACUAAAAUGAAUAGCUAUAAGCUGUGUGUACAGCUGGGACAAGAGCUAGAGGACUUAGACACACGAAGGGCCGUUGCUAUUCAAAGCUUACAUGAACUACUGGGAGGAAAUAUUGAAGAUGAUGAACAACAAAGAACAACAUCCAAGUGUAAUAACGCCCUUAGAGAGGCUAAAGAGGCAGCAACACUCUGGGAGGCUGCAUCAGCAACAGCAACAUUACGCACACUCGUAGAAAGACUUGAAGAUGCUGCUUAUGGAUUACGGCAAAAAUGGGGAAGACGCUUUAGAUAA